AUGUUCUCCCUCGACAAUGUGCACGACGGCGAGGUCGUUUAUCAGCGCUGUGUCCUCGUCACCGGACGAUGUGAAGCCAGCCAGAAGCGCGGUGCCCAUGUGCGCAUCGAGACCAAAGAUGAUGCAGGUGCUGAUCUAUUCCCUGAGCAGCAAUGGCCAAUGUGCCUUGGCUGGUUCAAGGCGCUGCUCAUCUUGACUCCAGGAGAAAAUAUCGUCACCAUCACAUCUGGACAGGAUGGCUCUCACAAAAAGAGUUUCCGUCUGCAAUAUGUCCCACUUCUCCAGGCGCCACCCUUGCAUCUGGCCAUCAUGGUAGCCAAAGACUCACCAUUGGCGAUUGAUUGUCCGCCACGCAAGUACAGUGGCCUCUCAAGUGCCCAUUCCAGCCUUGAAGCCGCCAUCGCCAAGCUCCGCGUUACCGCAUACAUGUGGCAGGCCCUGACAGCCGAAGAGCUGCGCAAGAACGGUCUCGGUCGACGAUCGUUCCGCCUGGAGGAAGAAUGGGCCGCUGACAGCCUGAGCCACUCCUUUUCACACGAUUUGAGAAUGCAGUCCACCGCCAAGAUCCACUUGAUCCGAGCAGACAAGACUGUUGCUGAGCUUCGCGAUGCGCAGGUUGCCCAGCAGAAUUCCGGUGGGAGGCGCAGAGACGAUCUGCACAAGAUUUUCAGCGAAGCGCUGUUGGCACACGGGGGACCAUUUGUCUCCGAGGCAAGGCCGGUCGUCGCCGGCCUGGUCUUAGACUCGCACUACGACGCGGAGAGCAAGUUGAUUCUCGCCCAUGCAGCUCUGGGUGCACACAAUCCCAACGGCCUCUCCCUUGGCAUAUUCGGCAGCCACCUGACGUACUCGUGGCCGCGGUUCAUGGAGGAGGUUCCCGACUGUCUGCUGGACGAAGCAGCACCCGGCGACCGGGUCGGAAACGACAAUGGCGAGUGCGUCUCCAUGUGGGAAGCCUGCUCCGUUGGCCAGGGGGCGUUCCUGCACGAGGUCGGCCACGCGUUCUCGGCGCCGCAUACAUCAGGCAUCAUGGCCAGGGGCUACCCUAAGAAUUGGCCCAAAUGCUUCCUGGCAAAGACCGCAUAUUGCACGCAUACCAGGACCGAGGGUAUCGAGCCCGUCACGCCGUCCACGGAGAACGACUGCCGGUGGGACAUCCGCGAUCUGCUUCGCUUCGUGAACCUGCCGCACUUCAGACAGCCUUCAGAUUCACCGCGGGACGACAAGCCUCCCAGCUUCGAGGUGCGCGACGACGAGGAAUUCAGUCGCGUUGUCAUCACCUGCGAGGCAGGAAUCGCGCAGGUGCUGAUCGAUGGGAAGGUCGAAGCUGGCGCCACUCUAGCUAGUCCCCAGACGUCCCUCCAGUUCACGCUGGACGAGCUCGAGACCCGCUUCGACCUGCUCAAGCCGCUCGAGAUCGAGGUGCUGGCCAUGAACGGCAAGCACCAGACGGCCGACCUGUCCCGGCUGUUCUCCAACAAGUCGUCGAUCCGCGUGCCGGGGACCAGCAUCCGGCUGCAGAAGCAGAGCGUCAGCAGCGGCGAGCCGCAGAAGGACGACUGGCAGUGGGCCGUGAUGCUGAAGAAGCGCGGCCGCCAGGACGAGCUCGUGCCCGCGCACAAGAUCGACCUCAGGGUCGGCUGUGGGCUCGACGGCGCGGUGGUGUACUACAAGGACGGCACGCGGGUGCCUUGUGGCCCGCGCGGAAAGAAUGGGAACGAUCCCGGGAUGGGUGGCCACCAGGCGCGCAAGAUUGCGAUUCCGAAGCGUGUGGAUGUCGUCAAGGUCGCUGUGACGAAGGGAAGUGGCUGGGGCUUACAGGGUUUGAGAAUGUGGCUGUCUAAUGGCAAGGCUAUGGGAGCCUUGAACAAGGACUAUGACGGGACUGUCGAAACUCUUGUUCCGGGACCCAACCAGAAGAUUAUUGGAUUCUAUGGCACAAGUGGCCAAUACGGAAUGUGCAACGAGUUCGGCAUCGUGACAGGUCCAGCAGAUCAGCAAAUCCCCGACAUAGUCUACGACAUGCCAGAGCUACAGAACAACCCUGAUGGUGGUUCUCGACGGCCGACCAAGCGGCGACGCAUUGAUCAACACCAGUCCGAUACUGAGGAUGACGAGACGGAGACGUCCGAGGAUGAGGACGAGGGAUAUGAUCACGAGAUCGAAGAUGAGGACGAGGAUGAAUGA